AUGAAUGUCAAAUCAAAAGAAAAUGGUUAUUUCAAAACAAAUAUUAAAAGAACUAGUACGCCUAGAAAGAAAACAGCAGAAGAUUUCGAUUUAGGGUCUUACACAGCUUUAGAGAGAAAUCAGUUUAUAUUUUCUGGUUUAUAUCCCAUCCCGUCAAAGAGUAAAUUUGCACAAUUCAUCCACUAUAUCCGAUUCGUAAUUUUGUACAUGGUCUCUUCGAUUCUCUUCGUUUCAAUGGUUAUUGGACUGGCUGUAGAAGUAAAUAGUCUUUCAGAAGUCACCGAAAUUCUCUACUACCUCGUAACACAAACUGCUUAUCUUAUAAAACUGGUUAACUUUAUGAUAACUCGCUACAAAUUACCAAUAAUGGAAGAACACGUCCAAAACAAAAUCAUCUAUAAAUACUAUCAUAUGUACGGCUCUGAAUGCUUGGAUUCGAUAAGCAGAAUCUGCACCUUCACCGCACACUUUUUCAGAGUGUGUGUUACCACAGAUAUCGUGUUUUAUGUGAUGGUGCCAUUGAUGGACACCGGUCAUAUUUUACCUUUUGCUGGUUGGUACCCACUAGAUAAAGAGAAGUACCGAGGCCUGCUGUUUCUGAUACAGAUGAUAUCUUUUGUCAUCAGUGCAUAUACAAAUAUAUCAAUUGAUAUUUUUACUGCGCAUUAUAUCAGCGUAGCUGUAGGCGAGUUAAGAUUGUUGAAAAUAUGUUUGAUGAAUAUUGAUUAUACAUUGGAAAACAAUGAGAAAAGAAGUGAAAGUGCAAGAAGUGAUGAUUUGGUUGGUGCUUGUUUGGAUGAAGAUGAGGAAGAAUUGCCAAAAUUACCUCCUAGUUCUUUGGAUGAUCUUGUAUUUAUACAUAAGCAUGCAAUUGUACUUAUUAACACAAUUGAAAGUAUUUUUUCGUAUGGAAUAUUUGUGCAGUUUCUGGCAAGUAUGGCGGUUAUAUGCUUGAGUGGAUUUAAUAUGUUGAUGGUACCCAAAGCAAGUGUGGAAUUUAUGCUGUUCCUCUUUUACUGUCUUUGCAUGACGAUGCAAAUGUCAUUCUAUUGUUAUUACGGAAAUGAAGUUAUAUUUGAAAGCAAUUCAAUUGGUGAUGCAUGUUACAUGUCUAAUUGGUAUGAAGGCAAGCAAAAGUUCAAAAAAGUUCUUCUUAUCAUGAUGGAGCGUUCCAAACGAUUAAUAGCGCUCAGCGCUGGAAAAUUCUUCUUUUUGUCUUUGACAACAUUCGUUUUGAUUAUGAAAACAUCUUAUUCGUAUUUCGCUGUUUUGCGUCGUGUUUACCAAAAUAUCUAA